ACUUUUUUUUGUUUCAACUGAGUAUUGUCAAAAGUGAUUUUCAUCUUUCACGAAUAUGCAUCGUAUCAAUAAAAUAGUGUUAUUGAAAGAAAGCUCAUAAUCCUGUGUUUGUCCUUUGAAAUUAUCAGUAGAUUCUGUUUGUUGAUCUAAUGUGAAAACCACCAAAUCAUGUCAUCCUACGUCAACAAAAAAACGCGAGUCUUCACCUCACCUGGUUCUACCAGGGUCAUCCAGAAAAGAUCGGAGUCAAGAUUGAAAAGCAUCAGAUCAGCAACUGACAACAGAGCAUGGACCGACUGCGUGGAAGAUCGGAGACAAUAUAUUCUGGAACUUAUCAAAACGAAAGCUGGGGGAAUGUCCUUGGGCAAGUAUAUCCCCAUUGAAGUUAUUAUUGAUUGCCUGCUAGCUAACAAAAAUGCCCAGAUAGAAGAGUUACGAAGACAAUUAGAAGCCUGCAGAAAAGGGAACCCUGGAGGAGACAAGAAACCAGCUCCAGCGCCGAAACCUAAACCUGAGAAGCCUCCAGAACCAGUUCCAACGAAGAAAGAGGAACCACCGAAGGCAGAGAAAAAAGUGGAAGUGCCUCCUCCUCCCCCUCCAAAGGAAGUGAAACCACCAGAACCAGUUGCUCCACCACCUCCAAAGGAAGUGAAACCACCUGAACCUGUUGCUCCACCUACGCCUCCACCACCUCCAAAGGUGGAGCCUCCAAAGGUGGAGGAAGUCAAAGCACCAAUCAAAGAGGAGAAACCCGAACCCCCUCCAGUUGAGAAGAAGGAACCUACUCCCGUGCCUAGUGUAGUAGCUGAACCUCCAAAACCGGCAGGGGUAGAACCAGUUCCUGUUGGGGCAGAAGGUGGAAAAGAGGGAGAGGACAAACUGGGAGAUAAAGAAAAGAAGGGAGAAGAGAAAGGGGAUGUAGAUGAAAGCGCACUUGCUGCAGCUGCUGCUGCAUUGAAGGAUAAAGAUAAAAUUGAAAAACCGGAUGAAGAAAAAGGCCUUCGUGGUGAAUUCCAAAAGACCGUAGUAGGAGAUGUUAGUAAAGAGUCGCAGCUGAAGGAUUCCGGUGCCCAGGAAGAGUCUCUGAGAAGAUCCUUCGCCAAGAUAGCAGAAACAAUGGACGACGACAUGGAAAAAGGUAUUAUAGAAGCUUCGUCGCCGAAGAAGGACAAGGACGAAAUCAUCCUCUUCCUGCAGAAAAAACUAGAGGAGCAAAGAUUGGCGAAUCAGUUGGCAGAAAGGGCGAUAAAGCAGUUGGAGGGCGUGGAGAAGAUCCUGGACCAGGGGCUGAAGCUUCGCUGCAACUUGACUUGCACCAACGUGUGCGAUCCUUGUCCCGUCAAGGUGAAGAAGAUGAACAACAUGGACAACAUGAAACAGAGGCUGGACGACCUGAUGAAGGAGAGGGACGGGCUGCAACUGAAGGUUUCCGAUUUGGAAAAGCAGCUGACUGGUGGGAACGGAAGUCCGGAUGACGUGACCGACGAUCAGAUCGUUUCGUCAAACGAAUUGAGGAAUCGACUGGAUCGAGUUACAGGGUUAGAAAUUAAGGCUCAAGAUUUAGUGAACCAGUUGAAUACCGAGUGUGCAGACAAACAAGAAAAACCAGAGAAACCAAAGGAGCAAAAACCAGCUGCCAAUACGGACAAGAUGAAAAGCAAAAUAAGUGAACUUGAGAAGGAACUGGAGAAAACGCAACAGAUGAAAGUCGAUAACGCAAGAAUGAAGAUGAAAAUACAAGAACUGGAGCAAAUUGAGAAGGCUCAAGAUGAGAUGAGGAAAAAGAUCGGCAAGAUGGAGGCUGACUACAAGUCCAAAUUCGACGACCUGUGCAAGAUGGAGGUAGAAUGCACGGCUCUCAGGAAUCAGCUGGCGAACACGAAGCUGAUGCAGAAGGAGAGGGACAUGCUGAGAAGACAAGUGGGUGAUUUGGAAUGCUGCGUGGCAGAUCUGGAAGACGAGAUCAAGAGGCUCACUUCGCACAUCGACAGACUGACAGAGGGAAGGGACGAACAGCAGACCAAAAUGCAAACAGUCGUAUCCGACGUUAGGAUCGAUCUCGAGAAGAAAAAUCUCCUGAUUCAAAAACUAGAAGAGCAACUGGCCAAGGUGCAACAGGAAUUAGAGAUAUCCAUCAAAGCAGUGAAAACGGAAUGUCUAUGUUACAAAUCUAAAAUCGAGGAUUUGGAGAAGAUGUUGAACAGCAAAAACGCAGAGUUGAAAUCCUUGCAAGACAGUUCGAAGAAGGAAAAGGAUAAGUUAAACGCAGACAUAUGCAGGUUGAAGAAGACGCACGAGGAUGCUCUCAAAUCCGAGAAUGCCAAAUUUAAUAAACUGAAACAGCAACUGGACAAUUGCGCUAAAAAUAACGAAAAGUUACAGAAGGAAUUGGAGAAAAUGAUAGAGUUUAAAAGUAACGAAAAUUCCGUGAAGAAAAUUCUGAUCCAUUCCAGAUCGGCUAUCAAAAGGGUGAGACAAGAGAUCGAUAUGCAGUACAAGGAAUGGGAAAAGGGAUCCGGAGAGAAUUGCAGGAAAGUGGAAGAGUUGAAAGACGUUAUCGAAUUACUGGAGAGCGAAUUAUUCCAGAUGAAGCAGGUGAAUGAAGAGCUUCAAACGGCUUUGAAAGACCAAAAGAAAUGCAAUUGUUUGGUGGGUUCCGAGAACAAGUCCCUUAAGAAACAUUCCACCGAGAUUCAGUGCAUAGCUAAGCACCAGGUCGAGGAACUUUUGACAUAUUUGAAGAAAGCUCAACUCCGAAUUAUCGAAUUGGAGGGAAUGUUAGAUCAAAAACCGAUCAAAGUGGGUCAAGGAACUGGCGACGAUGAUGUUACAUGCGAUUGCGAUACGGAUCUUUUGGAGAAAUUGAUGAAGGAAAACGAAAUUCUCAAACAAGGAAUGAAAACUGAAAAAGUUGGAGAAGAAUCUACGGAACAAGGUCCUACAGAAAAGGGCAUGUAUAAUGCUGACCAAGAUUUGCUAAAUGAAAUAAAAAGACUCAAAAACGAGAUAUCUUCUUUGGAAAGCGAUAAAUUGAAAUUAGAGAAGGAAAACGAGAACCUCAGGACCAAAUCUCAGUUCAGCAAAACAGUGGAAGUUGAUUCGUUGCCUACAUCGAACGAUAAAGAUAAAUUGCAGAAUAUAAUCAACGCUCAACGUGAAGAAAUUGAGAGAUUGAAACAGGAGAUAGAAAACCUCAAAAAACAGUUGGGUAAACAAGCGCAAUCCUCCUCGACAAACAUGAAGAAUUUGGAAGACACCUUGAAGACUCAGAAAGAUACGGCUAGCAAGAUGCAAAUCCAUAACAAAGAAUUGGAGGACAAAAUAAAAAUGUUGAUGGGAGAAAUCGAAAAUUUGAAAAAACAAUUGGACGAAAUGGGAAAAAUUAAGAAACAGCUCGAUGAAUGCCUGGAAAAGAAAAAGACGGAAAACACUCAAAUAUCUUCACAGCACGAUAAACUGCAAACGGACAAUCAGAAUUUGAAAACCGAUAUGGCGGAACUGGAAAAUCUGAAGAAGAAGCUUGCCGAAUGUUUAGAAAACGAAAAAAAGAUCAACGCGGAAAAAUCCUCUAAAGAAGAAGACUUGAGGAGAGAACUGGAAAACUGCAAGAAUAGAUUGAAAGAAAUGGAAAAAGGCGGUUCAUCCGAUGAUGCAUUGAAAAAGGAAAACGAAGAAAUGAAAAAGAAGUUGAAAGAAAUGGAGGAUAUAAAGAAACAACUCACCGAUUGUUUGAAUAAAGCGAACGAUAUAAAUGCCCAAAAAUCGUCAUCCGAAAAGGAGUUGAAGAAGGAGAACGACGACCUGAAGAAUUCUCUGAACGAAUUGGAAAAACUCAAGAAGAAUCUCGCGGAGUGUUUGGAAAGGGAGAAAAAGGCCAACGAAGCCCUCAAAAAAUCGGAAUCGGGCUCGAAAGAUUCCAACAAAUUCCAAGCCAAAAUCGAUGCGCUUCAAAAACAACUAGACGAAUGUCUUGCCAGGGAAAAGAAAACCAAAGAGCUCGUUGAAAAGGAAUCAUUUCAAAGUGCCGUCCAAGUAUCGCCCAAAGACUUGGAAAAUCUGGAAAAAGAACUGGACGACGCCAAGAAAAAGUUAGCGGAAGCGAACAAAAAAUUGAAAUCUAUCGAGAACGAACUAGAGCAGUGUAGAAAGGAAAAUAUGGCAUUGAAAGGAGAAAUCGACGAGCUGAAGAAGAAACCGGCACCUCCAACUGCUGGAAAACCUGCAGAUAAUACAGAAGAGUUGGAAAGGCUCCGGAAGGAGAAUCAGAAGUUGAAGGAAGAUAAUGAAAAAUUGAAAUCCACAAGCGGGAAAGCUGAACCUAAGCCAGCUGCUCCGGCUGCAAGUCCAACAGCGAAAACCCAAACUCCUGCUGACAAGCGAGAUGACUUACAAGCCGAGAUCGAUCGUUUACUCAAACAAUUAGAAGACCAGAAGAAAGAGUGCGAUGCGACGAUCAAAAUGAUGAAGGACCAGUGGGAUCGGGACGUCAAAAACAUACAGAACGCCAACUCGAUGAGCAUAGAGAAGCUGCAGCAGCAGCACCAGCAGCAGACGCAAGACCUCGAGCGCAGACAGGACUCUGUCGUGAAAAGCCUUAAGGACGAGCUGAGGAUGAGCAUUCUAUCCACCGAGAUCCCCACGAGGGACAAGGUGGACAGCGAUAAGAAAAAAAAAGACAAAGAGUUGACGACGCAGACGUUCUGCGUGUGCUCUGAAAUGCCCAAGAUCGUACCGAUAAUAACAACUGUAGGAGCGGAUAUUGGUGUUCACGAGGUCGACAGUCCUAUCGAUAAGCCUGGAAGAUGGCCGAAACCGAAGGAAAAUCAUUUGGCUCAAAUUCUUUUCAAAGCUUCGAACCUCGGAAUAGAGAAACUCACGUUGAACGAGAUGAGACUGAUAAGCUCAAAACUGAACGAGGUAGAAGGAAAGCUUAAAGGUACAGUUAUCAAAGUUUCAAAGAAGCCUUCUGUUGAAGAGGAGACUCAAUCGUCACUCAUGGAUAGGAUAGAAGAGUUGAAGGACAAUCUGGAGAAAAAGCAAAAGUCUGCUAAACAUAAAGUGGUUAACUUGCAAUUGUCCAUACGUUCGAUGGAACAAAAAAUUUUGGACACCAGAAACGUUUUGGAGAAAGAGAAGAAACACAAUGCAGAGUUGAGAGCGCGUUUGACCAUGAUGGAGAGAGAUUCUCAGUUGAUGCAGGUGGACAGGGAUCUGAUGAAGCAGCAGACCAAUCUGCAGGAGCAGCACAUUGCCGAAUUGAAGAAAACGUGCGAUUGCAAGCAAAGCAAAACCAAGGAUCUGAAGAGAGAACAUAAGAAGAAAAAAUUCCUCAAACGGUCCAGACGAGAUUCUUUCAGUAGUGAUAGUACCGAGAUAUUGGAGCAUAGAAUUCCGUCGAAAAGAAGAUCUGCUUCUACUCCAGUUUCCGGUGUAAGGUCUCCACACCAUAUUCCUUCGAUUGAAAGAGUCCUGUCACCCGACAACGAUUGGAAAAAACGUGAUAAACAUGGUGCUUGUCCCUGUUGUAGUACUCGUGGACCCGACAAAAAAAAUUGAUAUAAUAGAUUUGCGAAAAAAUGAAUUAAAUUGUAUGACGUCUAGGAAAAUAAAAUAAUUCACAAGA